AUGGACCAACCUGGAGGGCUUGCUUCCACUCAAGUUGAAGCGCAGAAUGCAGCUGCUCUUCAACUGGCUAUCAAGCAGUCUCUGAAACAGGCAGCUCUAGAGCGCGAGCUUGAGGCAAUCAGCGAGCAAUUCAGUCAGCCCUGCUACAAUACCAAACUUCAAAAGACUGAACCGUAUCACAAUGCUUUCCUCAGAAACCUCUUUGGCAUCAGGUACAUUUCUGGAGAACGAGAGAAGUUUCAGUUCGAGUUAGAUCGCAGCGUCAUCAAUAUUCUCACCAAACUUCGUCAAAAGACCUUCAUGUCAGCGGAAUUUGCGGAGAAAACUCACAUCGAAUUAAUCCUCCAACGCAUUGGUCAAGACCGCUACUGUUUCUCUGCUGUUGCUAGAGGCAUUGCUCAAGGUUUACACCACCGAUUUGCCGGACAGAACUGGGGCAGAAACGCUGUACAGCCUGCUCAAGCUACUCCAGCUACUCCAGCUACUCCAGCCGCGUCAGAUGAGGCAAAGAAGCCUAAACGCAAGCGUGAUGCAUCAUCUCCAUCCGCCAAAUCUCAAAAAGAGCCAAAGCAGAAGAAGUCCGUCGACGAAAUUCACAUCACCAAACCUAUCCCUGCAGACGACGACCCAAUCUUUGGCCUAAACGGUCCUAUGCGCGGUACACUCAUCAAGUACAACACCGUCGACCCUCAAAACGUCGCCAAGUCCAUCGUCCUGAAUCCAAACAUUACCCAAACCAGCUCGAAGGUGUUCGGACACAAUGGCAUCCGCAUGGGGCAAUUCUUCCCUCGCCAGAUGGCUGCCCUGGCUCAAGGUGCUCAUGGCUCUUCCCAGGCUGGGAUCUCUGGUACCGCCGAAGAUGGUGCCUACUCCGUCAUCGUCACAGGCAAGUACAGCAGCCUUGAGAAGGACGGGCUCGACAAGUUCGAGUAUUGUGCAACUGGCUCGAUGGAAAACACGUUCAAGGACUCCUUGAUCGAGAGUCAAGGCCUCAAGACCAUGAGGAGGUCCCUGAUGACAAAGAAGCCUGUUCGCGUCCUGCGUGGCGAGAACACUGAGUUCCGCUACGCACCAAAGGUCGGUCUCCGAUACGACGGCCUCUACACCGUGGCGAAGGAGGAGCAGAGGGUGAAUGGGAAGGGGGGGGUGUAUGCGGUGUUCGUGUUGGAGCAGGUGGAGGGACAGGCGCCGGUCGACUUGAGUCGACCAAAUGCGGGAGAUAUUGCGCUGUUCGGGGAGCUGAAGGAGAGACUUGCCUGA